AUGUCAGUCUCUAUCUUCCCUACCUUAACAGUGGGGGCAGGCACAGUCCGAGCCGGAAGUAGUGGAGACGCUACCGCAGCAGUUAUCGAAGAUCGACAGACCAUCGGAGAUCGAAUCAGCUUGACAGUCAUCGCCAUACUGGAAAUUUCCACCCAAUGCGUUGCAACAGCUUUCGGUUCUCUGGACAUCCAGAUCGCCGUUUACAAGACACUUGCAAGCGUACGCUGGAACCGAGAGGGCAGUAACGGUGACAAGAACAAGAUUGAAGAACCGCAUAUUGGGAGAUAA